AGGAAGUAUUGAAUGAGACUUCAAAAAACCACGACUGUUGCUAGCUACAUUUUUCUGAUUAAUAUUGAUGUUCAACAAGCUUCUGUACAUAGAAAUAUAGAAUGUAUCAUGAUGAGCUGUUGUGCAUUGGGUGUCAUGUCACCCUUUAAUUGUAAGAGCUAGCUAAUGUCCGCGGCGACGGUCGAAGGUCUUAGUAAGGAAUGAAACACCUGUGCUAGCUAUCCAGCUAAUUUAUCAAAAUAUCCAGCAAGUUGGCACCCAACCCAACGAAGGUACAUUUUGACAGAAUGCGAUGGGGAACUGUUGGGCUUAUUGUUCUGGGAUCUUCAGAAGAGAAGCAAACAGGAUAAAACGAGGAGGCGGGUCAAAAUACUUUAGAAGCAGUACUGCUGGGGAACAUUACACAAUAGAGUUUGAAAACCUUGUUGAAAGUGAUGAGGCAGAGAGCCCACAAAGCUGUCCCAGGCCUAUCAGCGAAGAUGAGAUCAUCCACCUCAAAGAGCACCGUUAUGCUGCAAUUUCCGAUCAGCAGACCUUGAUAGACGAGAAGCUGCAAGCAGAGUUAUUAGCACAAGAGGAGAAGUUAAGGCUAGAAGAGGAGGCUAGAAAUGCUGCCCAGCGUGAGGCCGCCAGGCUGGCACGCAAUCGAAAGAUAAAGGAGCACCAGCUUGCACAAUGGACUAAAGGCAAGGCGGAAGUCAAAGGUGGCGCAGCCCAUCUGAAAAAGCAUGGCUCAGGUGAAGACUUUGAUGUCUACCUACAGAAUGUGAAAGCCACGUCGGAAGCCUUCAGGAGCAGCAGGCUGUCCUCUGAGACUAACGUGAUCACUCCCAACACGGAGAGCAGCUGGGACUUCAACACCAAGACCCGCUCCACCAAUGAUGACGGAACCUCACUGGACCUGGAGUGGGAGGACGAGGAAGGGAUGAACCGGGCGGUCCCGGCGUGGGAGAGGUCUAAAACAGAAGAGGAUAUACUCCGAGCGGCAUUCCAGCCGGGCGAAAAGCAGGCGACCAGUGGUCCGGCCUCCGCUUCGGAGGACUCCAACGCCCUGGAAUGGGAGAACGACUUUGUGAGCGCGCACACCGAGGAAAAUGCUGAGGAGAACACAGAGGACUCUGAAUACGAGUGCUUUGUCAACCCCAUAAUGGAUAUGGACACCCCAUCUGAGGAAACACCACCGCUAGAUAUCACUACACCGGAGAUUGAGGAGAGAUAGUCCCCAUCGCCAGGGGAACCAGAAUCAAAUCCUAGCGUUAGUCCACCAGCCCAUUGCCUCACCCAAAAGGGAAAUUGAUUUACUACUACACAUACUUCUGUGUCUGCUUGCUCUGAGUGUAUGUGUCAUUAACAUGGGCAUGUCUGCCAAUGUUUCUACAGUGAAGGAAAAAAGUAUUUGAUCCCCUGCUGAUUUUGUAUG